UUGCUGUGGACGCAUGAGAGAAGGGCAGAAGCGGGAGAGACGGGAACAAAGAACGACUAGAAAUGACAUAAAAAAUUAGCGAAUGGGGUAUAUAAAGAAGAGAUAUUUUCACAACCGUUAAUGGAAGGAUUUUAAUCCACUAUUGGAGGGAUUUUUGACGCUCCCCAUGCGGAGGUUUGAGCUAGGUUGAACCAUGCAGGGACUGCUGCUGCUUCUGAGUUUGGCGUUGAGUUUUCACAGAGUGCGGAUGGCACGGUUCUCUCAGGAGCCUGCAGACCAGUCGGUGGUUUUGGGCCAGAGGGUGGUCCUGUCCUGUGUGGUCUUCAACUAUUCGGGCAUUGUGCAGUGGACCAAAGAUGGACUUGCCUUAGGCAUCGGAGAAGACCUCCGGGCCUGGCCGAGGUAUCGCGUGUUAAGGCUGGUGGAUGUUGGGCAGUAUAAUUUGGAGAUCUCCCCUGCAGAACUCUCAGAUGACUCUCUCUAUGAAUGCCAGGCAACGGAGGCAGCGCUGCGCUCCAGACGUGCCAAACUUACUGUUCUUAUUCCUCCCGAUGAUCCAGUGAUUGAGGGCUUCCCAGAGGUCCUCCUCACAGCAGGGGUCCCUUACAACAUGAGCUGUGUGUCCCGUGGAGCCAAACCUGCCUCAGUCAUUGAGUGGCAGAAAGAGGGGCUGCCAAUAGAAGGGGCCUUCAGCACCACGGAGCUGCUCCCAGACAGGAAACGAGUUACCACACGAAGCUUCCUGGCUAUUCUUCCAAUAGACACAGACACAGGGAAGAACUUUACCUGUGUGGCCAAUAACCUGGCUGUGCCAAUGGGCAAACGGGCCACUAUCACCCUCAACGUACACCACCCACCAGUGGUGACAUUAUCAAUUGAGCCUCGCUCUGUACUAGAGGGAGAAAGAGUGACCUUCACAUGCCAAGCUACAGCAAACCCACCUAUAAUGGGCUACAAGUGGGCAAAGGGAGGUGUGGUCAUACAGGGUGCAAGAGAGAGUGUAUUUGUCACUAAAGCUGACCACUCGUUCUUCACCGAGCCUGUGUCCUGCCAAGUGUUUAAUGCUGUGGGCAGCACCAACGUCAGUAUACUAGUCGAUGUCCACUUUGGUCCUAUCCUGGUGGUAGAGCCCAAACCAGUAACAGUGGAUAUGGAUUCAGAUGUCACUCUUAACUGCAAGUGGGCAGGAAAUCCUCCGCUCACACUCACCUGGACUAAAAAGGGUUCAAGCAUGGUAUUGAGUAAUAAUAACCAGCUUUAUCUGAAGUCAGUAAGUCAAGCAGAUGCUGGUCAGUAUGUUUGUAAGGCCAUUGUGCCCAGGAUCGGAGUGGGCGAGACAGAGGUCACACUCACUGUCAAUGGACCACCCAUUAUCUCAAGUGAACCAGUCCAGUAUGCAGUUCGAGGCGAAAGGGGAGAAGUCAAGUGUUAUAUUGCCAGCACCCCUCCACCAGACAAAAUUGUAUGGGCGUGGAAAGAGAAUGUGUGGGAAAAAGAGAAGGGGACCCUGUCAGAACGAUACACAGUGGAGCAAAGCAGACUGACCACCCAGGGUGGAGCUGUUCUGUCCACCCUAACCAUCAACAGCAUCAUGGAGUCAGACUUCCAGUCUACAUACAACUGCACAGCAUGGAAUUCAUUUGGACCUGGGACCAUGAUCAUCAUGCUGGAAGAGACUGAAAUAGUGCCAGUCGGGAUCAUUGCAGGCGGCACUGUAGGCUGUUCUAUUCUGCUUCUUCUGUGUUUACUAGCAUUAGUGCUGUUCUUAUACAGGCAACGCAAAGGAAGUCGUCGAGGGGUCACGCUCGGCAAGCCAGAUAUCAAGGUAGAGACCAUAAACAAAGAAACCCACAGCCUGGAGGAAGACUCGGGGAGCGUCUCCACGGCAACACGCAUGGUUAAAGCCAUGUACUCAUUUUUACCUUCUGUGACCCUUUCUCCUUCCUCCCAGCCUUUUAAAGAUGACAUAGACCUCAAACAGGAGCUGCGCAGCGACACGCUGGACACUCGUCAGGACUAUGAGCUCAAGGACCCAACAAACGGCUACUACAAUGUGCGAGCAUCAACCCAUGAUGAGGGACGUCCAGCCUCCCGAUCCAUGCACUACUCUGACUAUCGCACCUCCACCCAGCCUGGAGGCGCUGCAGUCGUAAGUGGUAGCACAGGAGCUCCUACUGCAGGUCCAGGAACACCGAGCACCUUGGCCCCAGGGUCACGAGUGGGCUGCUAUGAUCCUCGUCCUCCCUCCAGACUCUCGCAUAACAGCUACGCCCAGUUUAACACUUUCACCCGCCCUGGGCAAUCUCAGCAGCCCCCAUCCAGUUCUGGCCCACAGACGAGCGACUUUCCAGCUGACUGCAGCCUCUUGGACUCUACCCCUCAGCUAGGAUACGAUAAUUACGGCUACCCGUCACACUAUCCAACGUUUAGGAUGGGUUUUGCUCCAACCAGCCUCGCCCCAUUGGAAGGUGGGUCAGCGUACGAGAUGUACGGGGUGGGGCCGAGCGUCGGCGCUGGAAGCGGUUCCGGAACCCCAGAGACGGGACUCGGGAAAUACGGAAGUUCCACACGGUUCUCCUACACUUCCCAGCAUUCCGAUUAUUCCCACCGACACACACAAAGGAUGCAAACGCACGUGUAAGGAGGAAGUGGUAUGCCAUUGUUGGCCAUAUAUGUACACACAGUCACACUUACACAUAUACAAAGAGCAGAAAUAGAUAUAAAUGAAGGGUACAUGAAACAAAGAAAGUUUAGUCUGAACAGAGACCAAGAAAUGAAAACGGGAUGCAGAGCAGGAGAUCUUUGCAUUUGUUUCUCAGCUCCAGGAGCUGGUGGCGAAUGUCACAAUCAGGAGAGAUAAGAGUCAAGAUCUAAGAUCUUUCGUCCAAAAGUGUGAAUGCUCCGAAUAAGCAUGAUCGCAUAGUACUUCAUAAGGAAUGAAGGGAAUGCCUCUUAGGCUAACAGUCUGACAGGGGUCUCUGCAGAGAUACGCACGGAUUAAUUUUCUUGAAUGGCUUCCUCAAUUUCUCUCCGAACGCUCACGACAGCUUAAACAUAACAUUUAAUGACAAAUUGCACAAUGCACAGCGAGUGCAAAACCAUUAACAUGCAGUCUUUACAGCAAAAUAGGGCAUAAUUCCACAUGCCCCUUUAUAACCUUCAUAUUAACACAUUUUGAAAGUAACUUUUAUUUUUGACUUUGUUAUGCUGAUAAGAUUUACAAUUAACAUUUUUAUAGUAAAAAGAAAAAUAGAAGAAUAGUGGUCUCAAAUGUUUGGACUACUACAAAUAGUAAUGUUCCCAAUCACUUUUUUUAAUUUCUUCUCACAUGAAGUUUUGACAUAGGUAUUGAAUAGCACAUGAGCGACAAUAGUAGCUAAUAUUCUUUGGAACCAAUGCAUAUAGAAGUGUUUUGAGUGAAAAUCAUGUAAAUCAGCAUCUGCCUGGCUAAGCAACUUGCUGAGCUACCUCACUUAACAGGUCACCAUAUUUACAGUGUAACAACUAAAUAGCCGUACCAUAAUCUAUAAGCAUGACAACAAGUUCCUAAUCACCUCCACGAAAAAUUUCAAUCCAACCCGAUAUAAAAAAGCACUUUUAAUAAUCCAUAUUACCCUUUAAAUGACAACUUUAUGAUGGAGACCACUUGAGGAAGCCACUAAACAGUUUUCAGACAUGAUCAAUGAUCAUUUAGUUCACAACUAUCAUACUAUCAACAAUAGUUCUGAACAAUUAAUUAUAUAUAAAUCUAUAUAAGUAUACAAGAACGCAGCACUCUUUUCCAUGGUGCUUUUGUAGUGGGGCCAUUGUUUGCACUGCAUACCAAUAUUCUUUCUUAGAUUACCCCCAUAAUCAAUAUGUUAUCUCUCAUUUGCACACUAGGCUAGAGCGUAUGUUUUUUAAUUUUACCGAAAAUAUUUUUUUCUUCAUUUUUCUGUAAGUGAUUCUGGACCAAAGGUUCAAAGUUAGAGUGUCAGUCUUUAUUUGGGUGAUAUUCACCUCAACGAACAAGAAAAUAUGCAGAUUUGUUUGUUAUUGUUGUUUGUGAAUCUAUUAGGUAGUGAGUGACCCAGGGUGGUUCAUGGGUUGGGAACAGCAGAGAGGGUCCUAAACUGUAUGAUCCAGCCUUAGGUAUCCAAACUCACCCUUACUGAUCUGAGAUCAGGCUGCUAUCACAUUCGUCUUAAAGAUUAUGACCAUCAAAUUGGAACUAAUUAGGAGUGGGAGUGAUUUAUAUUAAAAGACAGCACUAGCAUAAGUUUAACUUUAUAAAUAUUUGAAAGGCUUUUUCAUUUACUUACACAAACUCACCACCUGAUAUUUGUGCCAAACACAGACAAACUAACUUGAAGUAUUCCACCAAUUUACAAAAAAAGACCUUACAGGGACCAGAGAUGGUCUUUGGCUAUGAACUUUCUUCAACAGAUGCCAGAAGGAUGCCAUUUUCAAAGCAAUGUGGGUCAUCAGAACACGAGGAUGAAGACAAUCUCACAAGUAGUUCUUGGAAUAGUGAAGUUACUACAAAUAGUUUUGUCUCUGUCUGCGUUUCGAUGCUUUGUAAACAAAUGAGCCCUGUAAAUAUUUUCCAUGUGUAAUUCCAAUUUAAAGUUUUAUUUUACUUCAUCCAAUGUGAUGCACUCUUUAAAUGCAGUAUUGUUGUGUUUCCAAUCACGGGAAGAAAAUGGACACACACCACUGCCGGGGUACUUUCGGACUCGGUACGGUGCAAAGAGGAUGAGUUGUGUGUAGCUCGGCUGUGUGACGUUACGAUGCCAAGAGCAAUUCAGAAGGAUUCAAAACAUCUUAAUAUCUGACUGAGCUGCACUCAAACUUGGCACUGAUGAUUUAUUACUUGUGUCAUGGCUCUUGAGGGAGAUGUGACUCAACUCACUGGACAGUAUUUGCAUCCCCCAUCUGAGAACUUGAAGCUCCACCAAGGCAGGAAAGAAACAUGAAGGAGUACAUAUAUAUAAAAAGAGUGGCCUUAGGAAAACAUGACUUUUAUAUUCCCUCACUUUAUAAAGCGGCUUAAGGCCAUAGGAGUGUGUGUAGAGGAUGUGUGCUUUGUGUGUGAGUGCAAAUGAGUAAGUAUAUGAAAAUCUUUAUGUAAUCUGUUCAUUUACUUACUCUCACGUUCCUGCUCCAAUACUUUUCUUCUGCUGGUAGGAGUGUGUUUCCUGUAUAAUUGUGUCUUAGAAAAUAAGCGUUGACCUUACUGUACUGUUCUUGGUAGCUGAAAAACGGUUGACAGAUGUUCAACAAAGGUUAUUGAUUUUUUAAUUUCCUUUUGAUUUUUUCCAAUAUUUUUUAAAAAUGUUACGUAAUUAUUUUUUCACAGUAUAUCAGAAAUAAAAGCACUGUUUUUCUAAGAAUAAA